UGCAGCCGUCCGACGCCAGUGUGACGCGUCUUUUGGAGCCAUGCCCGAAAAGCGCAAAAAAACAGCCGACGCCGAGAUCGCAGAAGCGGGCCACGCGCUCGAGAGCCUGCCCAAACGCGCUGCUACUAAACCGAAGGCCCUCGAUACCAAAGCAAGCAGUGGCAAGACACCCGCUGCGAAGAAGAGUUCUAAGAGUCCAAAGAGUCCUACAAAGAGCCCAAAGAGUCCGAAGAGCCCAAAAAGUCCGAAGAGUCCUGCGAAGAAGGAGCGCCCUGCAAAGGCCAAACCCGAGGAUGUCAAGGAGGAGGGAGAAACUUCAGCUGAGCACGGCAAGCGUCCGCGCUCUGGUGAUGGAGGAAAGAAGGCUGCUGCUGUCAAGAAGGAGGGGAAGGAACCUCAGGAGGUCAAGCAUGAGCCGGCUAGUGGCGAAGCCGACACGGCCACUAGUGUCAAGAAAGAGGAGAAAUCCGACGCCAAGGAGGAGCAAGCUGGUGAACUGACAUUAGGGAAAGGCACACUCGAAAAGGGUCAGAUCUACUUCUUCUACCGCCCCAAAGUCGAGCUCACCGAAGCGCACUCCCUCGACGAAGUCCAGCGUUUCAAAAUGAUCCUCCUUCCAACCGGCGGGACCGCGCCCGGCACCAAAAAUCGCAUCGCGAUCCUCAGUCGCAAGCGGCUGCCCAGCACGACGCACCGCGAGCGUUCGUGGGGAUUCAUCGAAAAAGCCGCGGACGAUGUGCGGGACCUUGAGGAGCACCUGAAGAGCGAAACGUAUGAGACAAAGACGAAGGGUACCAGGCAUCUGGAUGCGAUGAGGCCGUGCGGGGAGGGGGUGUAUUCGAUUGUGGAGCAUGGUAAUCAUACGCACUUGGCUUAUGCGUUGGCUAUGCCGGAAACACCUGGAGAGGUCCAGAAAACAUUCAAAAUUGAAAACCAGGGCUCAUUCAUCUUCUCCAUCAAGAACCCCACCAGCCCCUCACCCCCUUGGGCGGGCCUCAGUGCCAAAUCCGCCGCGCAACUCCCCUCUUCCUACACCGCCCUCUUCCGCAACCGCCGUUUCCUCCCCGCCAACCCGCCCUCCUUCCUCGACCACGACCACACGGAGUUCCUCCUGAUCGGCGCGGCGGAGAACGUGGCGGAGGAGCUGGGCGAGACGGGCCAGGAGCUGAUGGACUAUGAGGAGGGCGAGCAUAAAGAGGUCGUGAGGUUGCAGGAUGAGAAAGUGUUUAAGGAGCUGCAGUUGGAGAGGGGGGGUUUUAAGGCUGAGCCUUUGUUUGGGGAGUGGGCUUGAGGUGGGCGGUGGUCGCCCGGGGCGAUAUCGAUAUAGCGACCUCUUUUC